UAUUCGGCCCAAGUUUAACGUACGGAAAGGUUUAUAUUAGGGUUUCUUAGACCUUUUGUUCUCUCGCUCUGCCGUCUUCAACUCCAUUUUGAAGCGAGGGAGGCAGAGAUCGAAGCAAAAUGGAGAAAGGAAAGGGAAGAAAGGAGGAGGUUGUUACCAGGGAGUACACUAUCAAUCUUCACAGGCGCCUCCAUAGCUGUACGUUCAAGAAGAAGGCACCCAAUGCCAUCAAAGAGAUCAGGAAGUUUGCAUUGAAGGCAAUGGGAACUAAGGACGUUAGAGUCGAUGUUAAACUCAACAAGCAGAUAUGGAGCAAAGGUAUCAGAGGUCCUCCGAGGAGAAUCAGAGUCCGUGUUGCCCGUAAGAGGAACGAUGAUGAAGAUGCCAAGGAAGAGUUUUUCUCACUCGUCACUGUCGCUGAGAUUCCGGCUGAAGGAUUGUCUGGUUUGGGUACUAAGGUCAUUGAAGAAGAGGAGUGAAAAUUGGUGAAUGUACUCACACAAUCCUUAUCUUUAGAUGAAAGACAAAAAAGAAAAAGACUUUUCUUGUUUUGAUCACUUACCCAUUUUGAUCAUUUAUUAUUUAUGUUUGAAGUUCUAUAGACAACAGAUUUGGUACUGAUACAAGCUUUGAUCUUUUUGUGAUGUUCUUUUUGAGUCCGUACCAGACCGGUUUACCAUCUGGCUUGUAGUGUAAUGAGUUGGUUUGGUAUGAUUUGGACUAUUGAAUUUGAGUAGUA